GCGGCGCGGCGGCGAGAAGGAAGGAACCGGCCGGCGAGCAGAAAGAGGCGACGAGUGCUUGGCGUACGGUUUGUGUAGUGCGCGCUACCGUCGAGUUAGGUUCGAGAGAGCGGAGAUAGACCGAGAGCGGAGUGUGUAUCGCGCGAUCGAGCGAGGCGGCUUCUUCGGAGAUUUACGCCGAUCUUUGGCAAAAAGGAAAGCCAAGGCGACUUUAGGCGGACAACGGGCAACGUGUGAGAAAGAGAGAGAGAGAGAGAAUACGCUUUCGUAAAGGAGACGCUUCAGCGGCCGACGAGAGAAUAUGACGAUGGCAACCGAGACGGAGAACAACGGGCCCGAGAGCAAGGAGAUCAAGGACGUGAAGGAGAUGAAGGAGGCGCUUAAGGACGACGCGCCGCCGGACAACAAGCAGGAGGAGAAGGACGCGGCGGCGAAGAAGGACGACGACGCCACCGUGGCCGCCGCGGCCGGCGGCGGCGCGACCGCGGCGUCGGCGAAGGCCAGCACCGUGCACCACCCCGACUACGAGAAGGACGUUGUUUAUCUGUAUCAGUUCCCGCGGACGCCGCUCCUGCCGUCUCUCUCCCCGUACGGUCUCAAGGUGGAGACGUGGCUGCGGUUGAACGGCAUCAAGUACGAGAAUGUUGAUCACAAGAUGAAAUUCCGCUCCAAGAAGGGCCAGCUGCCGUUUGUCGAACUGAAUGGCGAGGAGAUUGCAGACAGCACCAUUAUCCUACGAGAAUUGAGCCAGAAGUUUGGCAAGGAUUUGGACGCCGGUCUCACAUCCGAGCAACGAAGUGUCUCCCACGCCAUGAUAUCGAUGAUCGAGAACCAUCUCGUCUGGGUUGUCGCGUGCUGGCGCACAAAGAACCUAGAUCAGGUGCUGAAGGGCUACAAAGUGAAUCUGCAGCUUGCCCUAGGAUCACGUAUCCCGAACGUUAUUUUGAACUUCUUCUUCAAGCUCACGUUUGGACGCAAGUUGGAUUGGUUGCAGGGCGCGAGGAAAGUGAAGGCUCAGGGAAUGGGUGUGCACAGUCCGGAGGAAGUGUCCCAAUUCGGUUGCACCGAUCUCAAAGUUCUCUCGGACACGCUUGCCGACAAGCCCUUCUUCUUCGGAGACGAACCGACUACCAUGGACGUGGUAGCAUUCGCGCAUCUCGCUCAAAUCCUGUACAUCGACAAGGACACGCCGUAUAGCCUGCGAGACUACAUGGCCGAGAACUGUCCCAACUUGGUUGGGCAUUGCUCACGCGUUAAAGAACGAUGUUUCCCGGAUUGGGACGAGAUCUGCUCCAGCUUGGACAUGAACACGCAUCUGCCGAAGCCCGAGAAACGAGAGGAGAAAGAAGGCAAAGAAGAAGCGAAGGAAUCCAAAGAGUCGAAGGAAGAGAAAGAGGGCGACAAGGAGAAGGCGGACAAGGAGGAGAAGGAAGUCGAGAAGGACAAAGAAGUUGAUGAAAACAAAGAAAAAGAGAAGGACAGCAAAUAAGCGGUCUCUCGUUGUAAAGGGAAGUAAUAAGUCGUUUCAAGGAUUUUAAAGCGAAGAGUCGCGAAGGUGUAUCGGCGAAUGAAUAAAGAUAGAGAGGAAGAGAGAGAGAGAGAGGGAUAGUUGUCGGUAAAAGUAUAUGCGUGUGUAUGCGUGUGUAUGCGUGUGCGUGGUUGCAUGAAUGUGAACGGGGACGAGGAUGAUGUAGAGAAAGCACAUACAGAAUGGUGGCGAUGGAAGGGAGUUGCCGGAAGUGAGAGAUUGUGUGUUGGAAGAGAAAGGGAGAAAGAAAGAGGUAGAGAAAGAACGAAAGAGAGGGAGAGAAAGAAAGAAGGAAAAUGUGUACAUGUGUGCGUGCGUGUAAGAGAGAAAGCAAAAAAGAGAGAUGAGGUUUGGAACUAGAGCUCUCUACUUAUACGUAUAGAUAUUAAUAGACUCAUGUAUAAUGUUAAUACUUCGUUUAUAUACGUUCAAUGCGCAUCACACGUUACUUCACAUUGACACACUCGAAACACACACGACCGGAAUGACUAUUCUCUAACCCACACGCCCUUUCUCUGCUCUGCUAAGGACAAAGGAAGAAAAAAACGGGGCUAUCUCAUAAGUCAUUAGAAACGUAGGAUUGCAAUAUACGAACUGCAAUAGUCUGACGCAGCUGGGGUCUUUGUCGACAGUGGCCAAAUGCAAUAUAGCGUUAUGCUAUAAGAUAGAAGUAGUUACGGGAGAAGAGGAAGAGAAGAAGAAGCGAGGGUAGGGCGGCGCGCGAGUGUCGGUAUGCAUACCGAUCUCUCCGCUUUCUAAGGCGAAUAGCGUCUCCUACUUCGCUUCUCUUAAUGAUCCUUGCUGUGCAUAAGUUACCUUGCGUCCUGCGCGCAACGUAACGCAAUCUUUUCUUUAAUUUAGUUCAUAUUAUAAUUUUCUUUUUAAUACGUUCACACGUGUAUCGCGCGUUUUAUUUUUACCUUCAUAUAUCGUGUUAAAUGAGGUUUCUAAAAGAUUUUGUAUGACGAGAGAUUUUUUACGACGUAUCAUUGAGAGAAAUUGUCUAUUUUAAAACCAUCUGAGGAAGCACCGUUGCGUCCUGUAGCCGGUUCAUCGACGCGAUCCGAGAUUUUUUCAUCAUUACAGUAACAUUAAUGCUAACGUUAAUAUUAAAGUAACGAUAAUAUUAAUAAGAAUGUGACAACAAUAAUAAUAUUAAUACUAACUGUAAUAAUGAUAGGAGGAAGGGAAUCCGAUGUCCACAUGUGAAAACAAGUGUUAGAUCAUCGAUUGACUGAAUUACUUCUCUCUCUUUUUCUCUCUCUCUUUCUCUCUCUUUCUCUCGCGCGUUCUUUCAACAAUCGAAUCGAGAGUCGAGUCACGCCAAUUGACCAGCUAGCAACGGACGUCCUCAGACAGCCUAAUGUAGAAUGCAAAUCGAAUUGGAUAGGCCGUACGGAAAAGUAGUUCGAUCCGUUCUUCCGCCUGGCCGCAAAUUCCGUUUGCAUUUCAGCAUCAUCUCCAAGCGCGUGCAAUCAAAUUUUUAUUUUAAUGACGAAGCUCAUUCCUAUAUCUUUUGUACGGACUAUGCGAUACUUUUGCAGUCGUUUCUGAUCACUUUUUAGACGAAUGGGUAAGGAACCCGCGAUAAGCGAUGGACGGCACAUAUUAUCUAUUAUUUGUAUAUUAUAGUAUAUAUAUAUUAUAUAUAUGUAUUACGUAGACGCGCGCGAAUGCAGUCGGACUUAGAUACGCGAGGAAGAUGCCAUUCGUGUAUAGCAGAGUCGUAAUAUUUCGUCCCCUUAUCCACCCAUUCCUUGCUCUCUCCAAGCUCUUGUUUAUUUUUCUUUUUACUUUCUUUUAGCGAAGAGGCACAGAUUAUGUUUUGAUCUCUUUUCUCUUGGUACUCAAAACGCUGUGCUGCCCACGUAUUUUAUUGAUACGAUUUUUCGGACGUGUUAAGAAAAAAAUUUACCUUGCGUAAUACAAAGUGUCUUUCACGCAUCGAAAAUCGACAAUUUGAUGUAUAACGGGAAUUGAAGUUUUUUCUACGAACUGCGUAACAGCUGCGUAGUUUUUCUACGGCAGCUGGACAUAUUCCACAAGAAGACACGAGAUAUAUUACAUUUAAGUAGCUUACUAUAUUAUUGAUAACGAUUAUAUAUAUAUAUACAUAUAUAUAUAUAUAUGAUCACGUAAAGGAAAAAUGGAAAAAAAAGAUUAGUGGAUGAUGCUGUUUAUACUUAGGACGGCGCAUAUGGUUUCACCUGUGGUUACAUAUUACGUGCGAGUAAAUAAUAUAAAUUAGAGAAUGGAAGAAUCAUUUGGACAAGAGAGACCAUAACGUUGUGCAAGCACAGUAGGUAGGCCCACUCAAUACAGUAAGAUUAUUAUAAGAGGAAUAUUAAUAAUUAUUAUAAUAUGACUGCUCGUUUUAUGCUCGGCGCUAUACAUUUCAUUGUCAUUAUUAUAUCACCAUUUAUUAACGAUAUACAUACGAACAAAUAAAAUGUGUUUAUAAAUAUAAAGCGAACUUUA